UUAUUUUAAGGACUUACCGACUUUCGCCGUGAAGUAUAUUUUAUCGCAGUUAAAUUUCUGUUUCACUAAUGGGCAAUCUAAUUGAUUAAAACAAAGUGUACGAAAACUGAACAGAAUGAGGCAGUCGAAAUCUCACUUGGGAUACAUUUUACUAGUGUCAAUUUUAUUAUCAUAUAUUGUGUAUUAUCAUCUGUACUAUGGAAUGAGUCCAAUUAAGCAUGCUAUUGCCACAGCAAAUAGGAUAAAUAAAGAGAAUGAAGUAGCAAGAGCUAUCCAUUACAGGACAAUGCAACACGUUCCUUUAGAUGAAGUCUACAAAACUUUUAAUGAUAACGACACUGAUGAUUAUUCAUUUGAACGAGAUGAGUACGCAAAAGCGCAAAUGCUAAUUACUCAAACUUGCAAAAUACCACUGAUGAUGAACCGAUAUGAAAAGAAACAUCCAAAUAAAAACAAAGUUGAAUGUGGAAAACGGGCUGUAUUUUUGAAUAAAGUAUCUGAUGACCACGUACGUGUCAUGAUAAAAGAUCAAAUUUUGCAAAAUCAUUUAGGUGAUAACACACAUUACGAUUGCUGUGUGCGAUUCUUGAAGACAGUUGAUGAACUAAAUAAACAAGAAUAUAGUUUUACAUCAUGUGAAAAAUUUGAAGACGGACACACGUUUAAAUUAGAAAGUGACUUUAUCAAUGUCCGUUGCAAUUCAUAUAACAAUGAAAAUGAAACUUUAGUAAUAUAUGAUGAUGUAUAUGCAUUUACUAAAAAGGUGAAGAAAACUAAGGCAUAUUAUGAAAACUGCGAAAGCAAAUAUAACGUCUUAAUGUUAGGAAUGGAUUCCAUGUCUCUGUCAAGAGUUGUCCAGACAAUGUCUAGAACGGUAUCGUUCCUUAAAAACAAUUACUGGUUGGGCUUCAGAGGAUUCCACAAAAUUGGAGAAAACAAGUUUGACAACCUAAUCGCAACACUGACUGGAGUUGAUUCAGAAUCUGUAACUGAAAAAUGUUCAAAUCAAAUGGAUUCAUGCAAUAAUCUCAUGAUUUGGAAGACUUUUCAGGAAGCCGGAUACGUCACAGCUUACGGAGAGGACUAUUUAGCACUACCAGAUACAUUUUCAAUAAACUUUACAUUUACUAGGCCACCCACCGAUCACUACAUGAAACCAUUUUUUGCAGCCGCUGAACGUGACGCACAUCACAAACGUCUCUUGUGUACGGGAAAGAUACCGUCGGGACAACAACUCUUAGAAUACGCUUUGGAUUUUGUAACAACAUAUAGAAAUGAGUCUUUCUUUGGCUAUUUUUGGAUGAACUCUUUCAGUCACAGCCCUGAACAUCAGCCUGAAAACGCAGACAAACUAUUCGAAAACUUUUUCAAUCGACUAUUUUACACCGGAACUUUAUCAAAUACAUUUGUAAUAUUCUUUAGCGACCAUGGUAUACGUUUUGGCCCGUACCGCGACAGCGUUGAAGGAUAUUACGAUGAUCGCAUGCCGUUUUUGUUUAUUUGGCCACCUUCAUCUUUUAAAGUUAAAUAUCCUGAAAGCUAUAAGGCAAUGGCUGUUAAUCAAUACCGAUUAAUGACACAUUACGAUUUGUAUAAAACUUUACUUCAAGUACACAAAUUAUCUUGCAACAUACCCAAUAAUAAUAUUUCUAUAGUAGCUAAAGGAAGCUUCAAACAUCAGAGUAUUUUGAAAGUCAUAAGUGAAAAUCGUAGCUGUUCUGAUGUUAACGUGGAUGAGCAAUUGUGCAGCUGUCAUAAUUUGUACCCCUUCGAUGAACAUGAUACAGAAGGAUUAAAGGUAGUUCCGGUUUUAGUAUCAUACUUAUCGAAUAUGACAUCUACUAUCCCCACUAAGCAUUGCACAAAGUGUUUGAAUCUUGAAUUAGGCAGCAUAAGUCGCAUACACUUCUACCAUGAUAAAAAUAAUGACCAUGUAUAUUAUGUAGUUGCAAUUAAAAUGUUGCCUGCAAAUAUAACAUAUGAAGCUACUAUUGUCAGUAAUGAAUCAAAAUUCCAGAUAGUUGGCCAGGUCAAUUUGAUAUCGGAAUAUAAUGGAUUAGGAACAUGCACUAUUAAUCAUAACGAUCGUAUAUUCUGCGUGUGCCAAGACGAUUGCAACAAAACCUUUCCUAAUAAAAUCUGAACUGACGCCAAUUAAGAACCAGAAACCGACUUGAGAUCACAGAAAUAUCGUUUUAAACUCUAUUUUAAAUAGACAGUUAUUAUAUAUCGUUAAUGUUACUUUUAAGUCAUAAAUGUUAAAUGGUUACUUAACAAUUUUAUAUUUUGACUAAAGUUAUGUUUUUCUGUGAUAUUUUAUAUAUUCUUAUACAUAUUCUGUCCAAUAUUAGAGACUUCAUUUAAAUCUCGAUAUUAAACAUUUAAGAUAUUAACUCGGUUGAAAUGUUUGUACAAAUUCCAUAACAUUUCUAUCAUGCAUCCCCAACAAUAAUGUAUCUCUGUAUUCUGUUGUUUAAGUUGAACGAAGAAAUAUUUCUCGAAGUAUCAAC